UCUUGCCCUCGGAAGAAACUUGGAAGCAGGAUGCCCGGGCCGAUGCUUCCUGGCCCGUGCAGGUUCUUGGAGAGAUCGGAGACGGCUGCCGGAGGGAAGGGCGUGGCCUGGCAGUAUUUUCGGUGCCUGGCAUAGCUGCCUGCACCUGGGAGGGGGCUGGCGAAGGAACGUGCGGGACUACAAAAGUGGGACAAGUGUGGAAGGAGAAGAAAGGCAGGGGUCGGAAUUCAUUUAACGGACGGGUAUGGGCGCGGCGAGGAGGUGGGAUCCGGGGGCGAGUGCGCCUGGGCCGGGCAUCCCACCUGGCCCCCUUCCUCUAGCGGCGGGGGGGCUCGUCCUGAUCCUCGCCUGCCUCUGCAGUCGCGCCCUUUCCACGGGUGCUUCUGGACUUAUGGCGAGUCCAGAAUUCUCAGCGGCUGCCUUUUUUGGGAAAAAAAGACAAGUAGGAACAGGAAGGUUUCGGGUCGAACCACCUCGAUCGCUCCAAGGAAAAUGCCCUGAGAGCUCAGGGCCGCCUGAAUCAUCUUCUCUUGGCCUUGUCUGCAGGCAAGUUUAAACCCAAACAGACCCAAAUUGAUUUCCCCGUUGGUGCCAAAGAAAACUCGCGCCUGAAAAUGGGGCUGAGCGCAGCGCCACCCGGCGGUUGUCAGGUGUUCCUGAGACUGCUUGCCUUAGAACGCAGCGCUCUGGCCCUUGGAAAAGAUGUGCAUGGACGUCGUUUCUUUGUGUUUGAUGCUUUUUCUUAGAAUUCGCUUCAUAUGAGGAGAGAAAUGGAAUAUUUGCACUCCAGGUAGUUGUUCAGUGCCCUAGCGAAACCUUAGCAGUGGCUAGGAAGAAUUUGUGUGGGUUAACAUUGUUCCUUGCCUUGGAGAUUUCUGAGGUAGCCUCAGUUUCCUCUUCUGCACAGCUGUGCACUGGCAAUGAUAAUAAUACCUAUCUUACAGGGAAAUUAUGAGGGUAAACUGAGAUGAUAAGUAUGACGUGCUUAACACACCGAUAGAAACAGUGAAUACUGCUAAAUAAACGUGAUUGACGUUAAAUGAUAAUGGUAAAGUUGAUGACGGGCAGACCCUGCUGUGUGGCCUCAGUGCAACACUUAGGGAACCAUAAGAAUCCAGUCACUUCAUGGCAUUGACUACAUGUUUACUGUGUUCUAGGAGCUUCAGGAUGGUUCAUGCUAAGAGCUGGACCCUGAAGAAACACUUCGUAGGCCGCCCUACUAAUAGUGACUUUGAAUUGAAGACAGUCGAACUCCCACCCUUAAAAAAUAGAGAGGUCCUGCUGGAAGCUUUGUUCUUCACUGUGGAUCCUUAUAUGAGGGUUGUGGAAAGUAAAAACUCAGCCUUCCCAAUAGGAACAACUGUAGUGGCUCCUUCCGGCUGGACGGCACACUCCAUUUCUGAUGGGAAAAACCUGGAAAAGCUGCUUGCAGAGUGGCCAGACACGUUACCACUGUUUUUGGCUCUGGGAAUGGUUGGCAUGCCCAGCCUAACAGCCUACUCUGGCCUGCUUGACAUCUCUGGUGUGCAGGGUGGAGAAACAGUGCUGGUUAACGUGGCCGCAGGAGCAGUGGGCUCCGUUGUGGGGCAGAUCGCUAAGCUCAAGGGCUUCAAAGUUGUUGGAGCAGCAGGGUCUGACAAAAGGGUUGCCUGCCUUGAAAAGUAUGGAUUUGAUGUCACCUUUAACUACAAAACAGUGAAGUCUUUGGAAGAAACUUUGCAAAAAGCCUCUCCUGAGGGUUAUGAUUGUGAUUUUGAUAAUGUGGGUGUAGAGUUUUCCAACGUUGUUAUCCCCCAGAUUAAGAAAUUUGGAAGACUUGCUAUUGCUAUACGUGGGCCCAUCUCUACAUAUAACAGAACCGGCCCCCUUCCCCCAGGUAAUGAGCUCACGCACAUGAUCACAGGUGUAGAAAGACGGGACAAGGAGGAGAUUCACAGAUAUGGUAUGGGGAGAUGGAUGGCCAAAAGGACCAGAGACUCUUUCAAUCCUAUUAGCGACAGACUCAAAAUAAAAGCAGAUCUUCUGAACUCCUCAUACAGAGUCGUUUCUGCUACAAAUGAUUCUGUGCUGUUGGGUAAAAUCCAGUACCAUGAACACAUUACUGAAGGAUUUGAAAGCAUGCCACCUGCAUUUAUGGGAAUGCUGAGAGAAUUUGGGGAAGCAAUAGUGAAAGCAUGAACAAAAAUGACACAUGGAAUCUAGAAAUCAUUUGGAUGAUUACUUAGUUUCUUUAUAAUCAUUUAGUAAAAGGUAUGCUGUCUUCAUGAUCUAAAAAACAUUAAUUGUAAUGCAUCUGAUCUACCUAAUAAAAUACAUUUAAGUGGAAUAUAAUUAGCAAGAGAGAGGGAAAAUUUCAUAUUGAACAAUGGCCAAGUGAACUUACUGCCUGCUAUAGUUCCCUCAGGGUUAUGAUAGAAAAUAAUGGCUCUCGAGUCCAAAAGUUUACUGCUUCUGAUUUUUCAUCUGUAAAGUGAGGACAGUAACAUCUGCUUCACAUACAUAUUAUACAUUUAUUUAAAACACCAGCAUAACACGUGGCAUGUAUUAGGUACUCAGUAAGUGUUAGCUACCUCCCUGCAGAAAUCAGUGAAUUUGAAGUCAAGAUCACCACCCCUAUGGCUUAUGGUUACACAAGGAGAAAUAACCAUUGCUGAUGUACACGGACUCAGGGGAGCCCCCAUUGGUCCUCUUCGGGCAGGUCUAACGUGGCAGACCAAGGAAGGAAUCUAUCGCUCACAACAGCUACAAAAAAAGAUAACAUAUGGGAAUCUUUAUAAGCCAACAAAAAUGUGAGAGAUUAUUAUGAAGAAAGCUUUGAAACAUGACUAAGAAACACAAAAGAAGACAGAACAUAUGGAAGUUACCAUGCUCUUGGACUGGGAGAUUCAGUAUCAUGAAAAUGUCAGUUCUGUUGAUCAAUUCUGCUACCAAAUAGAGGAGGGAUCAAAUUGGAGUACAAGGAAAAAAUAAGAGGAAAAAGUGCGAUUGUGUGUGUGUGUGUAUAAAACCUCUGGAAAGAUGUAAUAACAAGAACUGAGGUGUGCCUGAAAGAUGGGGGAUAAGAGAAAAACUACACUUUUGUGCUUUUUGAAUUCUGAAUCUAAUGAACAAAUUUAUUCACUAUUACAAAUUCAAUUAAAAAAAUUAAAGUCCCUGUGCUUCUGUGUCCCCUUCCCAUAUGGGGGAAAUAACAUAUGCAUGAGAAAAAACUCAGGAAAAGGUGGGGUCACCCCUAAGGCUGGGCACCCCCUGGUGUUUUUACCUCUCAAACUUGUCCACAAGUUUGAGCCUCCAGCAGCGUGUCAGCUCCAGGUGAAGGGUUCCUGCCCCAGCACUGGGUCCCGUGGUGGGUUCUGUUCUAAGGCUUCUACCCCAGUAGCUUGUGACUCUCGGUAUCUGUCUGACUCUCCCACUCUGGGGGCAGUGGUUUACCCCGUGACCUAAGGUCUCUGCUGGAUCUCAAGAGUUGUUGAUUUUUUUAUGCUCAAUGUUUUUCUUGUUGUUAGGACAGACUGAUGACACCCAAGCGCAAUACAUGCUGGACCAGAAACCAGAAGUCAAGAGCAUGUACGUAUCUAUAUACAUAU